CUUGUUACAAGACUAAUUUGAUGUACGUAGUUGGUGCCACCUUGUGCUUAUUGCUUGUGCCCCUUUGAAGUUCGAAUAGUCGCUAAUUCGUUGUGUAGACCAUGGAGAUGAUUGUGAAGCCCGAAGGAACCAAGGCCGACGAUUUCGAGAUCGCCGUUGCCAACGAGAUUGCUGAGAUUGCCAAGAAGACCAAGGAUCUUGCCCAGCCCCUGAAGUCUUUCAAGAUGGCUGCUGCGAAGGAGGUGUCCGUCGCUGGAGACAAGAAGGCCAUCGUGGUGUUCGUGCCCUACAAGCUGUUCAAGAACUUCCGUCUGAUUCAGUCUCGCCUGACCGCUGAGCUGGAGAAGAAGUUCGAGGGACGCCCUGUGGUGUUCGUGGCUCAGAGAACCGUUCUGACCAAGGACUACAAGCGCUCUCACAAGUUCGGAGGUGUCCGCCCUCACAACCACACCGUGUCGGCUGUGCAGGACGCCAUCAUCGAUGAUCUGGUGUAUCCUUGCGAAUGCGUCGGAAAGCACACCAGCAUCAACGGACGCUCUGGAAAGGUGAUUAGAGUGUUCUUGGGACCCCAGGGACAGCAGGAGGUGGAGAACAAGCUCGAUGCUCUGUCCACCAUCUACAAGAAGCUGACCAACAAGAACAUUACCUUUGAGUUCAAGAACUAAGAAAGUCGAUACUUGAGGGUGGGUUAUACUGAAUCUGUGUUUGAGCGAAACAUGAA